CUCUGUUACUUGGGUAGGACCUCAUAGCUUCCAGAAGCCUCAUCUACGAACCCCGUAGGAAAGUCGGUAUGAUCCAUCUAUUCAAGAACCCAGUAAAGAAGAUUGAUUUAGAGGAUAAAUUGUUGCCGAGUUUUCGUAAGAUAUGCACCCUGCUGAACACCCAAGUUUUCAAAGGUAAUCAGACAGAAGCACCGAUGGAUGAGCAGGUCUAUCCACACUUACUAGGCUAAAUAUUUGGUUUUGUAUCUCUUUAUUGAAAUCACAUCCCAAACUGACAUUUUUAAUCUAAAGUCUUUUUCAACGUCUGGACAUAAAAAAUGGGUUGUUCCCCAUCCAAAGAUCAUCUCUUCCCAGGGAUCCCAGAUGGGGUACACAAGGCUCUGCUGCCAGUACCACCAGAGGUGGGUAACAUCAAGCCUGUUGAGGGAGAAAACCAAGAUAUUGACAAUAUGGAUAUUGACGAAGAAGUGGAGGAACUCCCACUAUCAGCUGAAGAGGAUAAUCCUAUGGCCGCCCUGGGAAAAGUGGCGGACAUGGCCCCCAUCACAGCCGUUGUGUCAAACCUAGGGGCCGUCUCUCAAAUAGAGGUCAAAAUGACAUCACAGGUGAGAGACACACACAGUGAGAAGUUACCGGAAAAGCAGGCAAAAAAGGUCAAGAAGCGAAGGAAGAAUAAGGGCGUCAAACGGGGCUGCCGAAAAGAAAAGGAGAUAAACACCUCAAUCACCCAGGGGAAGGUGGACCUUCCCAUGCACAUGGUGAGAGCUCACCAGGCCGCCUACGAAUACCUGAACCCCAACAUCUCCAAGUGUGAGACCCUGCUGGGGCUGCUGAACCAGGCCGCCCAGACCCAGCUCUCCCUGCAGCCCAUGAUGACAGCCAUUGUGAUGCGCUUCGAGGAGGUCAACCAGGCCCUGGAGGAGAUGGCUGAGGAAGGGGAGCUGAUGCUGAAGGAGCAUGGCAACCACAUGGCCUGGCCCUCUGAGAUAAGGGACCCAGCUCCCACCCCCUCCAAGCCCAAUGCUGACCCAUCAGAAACCCCCCCAGAUCUGCUGCAGCUGCUGCUCCAGCAUUCAACUGAAAAGAUGAAGCUGGUGGGGAGCUCGAUCCAAGGCCUGGGAGACACCGCUCUGGAAGAGGCGGCGGACUUCUUCGCCUCGUUAUCUAGACUACUGGGAGAGAGGCUGCUGUCCAAGCGGGCAGUAGAGGAGCGUCUGACCCAGGUGCUGGCACGCGUGGAGGCAGCUGCCAAGUGCAACCUUGAUGACUUGUCCCUGCACAGCGAGGACAGCGGCAUCGGGGGAGAGAACGAGUCACUGAUGGGAUCAGAGCGCCACUGUCGUCAAUGGGGGAGUUCUGGGUCCGGUGGCAGUGCACGCCCCACACCCCCAAGCCAUUCACCUGACCAGGUAUGCCUUAACGAAGGUGAGGAGGGGGAAGAAAAUGAGGAAGAGGAUGAUGAUGAUGAAGAUGAGGAGGAUGAAGAGGAAGAGAGGUCAGGGAGGGUGCGGUCCAACUCAUCCCCGCCAGACCCCAUACAGAACACCAAGCACAGCAAAGGGCAGCCACCCAAACGGCCCCAGACAGCUGCCCCCUUGGGCAGGCCAGUGAGACCACCACGGUCAAUGUCCAUAGACUCUCUACAUGUUCAGGAGCUGCAACAGAAAGACCUGGACCGACGGACGGGAAACAACUCUCUGAGAAGAUACUCUUCAGGGGGGCAGAGGGUUGCCAGAUAUGGACUCAAAGGGUCCACAAAGGCAAACCAAGCACCAAAUUCACUACCAGCGAUAGCACCACAACCUCCUGGCCGCAACUCCGUCAAAAGACUCAUAAACACAUUCAGUGGUGGGGUGGACGGCAGACCAGGCCAAAGUCUCCCUAGUGCACACCUUAGGGGGUCUAGGAGCAGUGUAACUCCCCUCUUACCCGACAUUGGAAGUGGAGAGGACAUUGUCAGUGGUAACAACAAUAAGAACAUCUGGGCUGCGGAAGGCGGGGAAGGCCUGGAUGAUGACAACCUGCCCCCCCCUUCCCCUGAAGUCCUGAUGGACAAUUCCUAUGAGAGCAAUGAGGAAAACCCGGAUGAUGAGGAAGGGGAAGAGGAGGACACCGACAGUAGGGGCCACCCUGUGCCACGCCAAAGGAGCACCGCCUCUCAGCGCCUGAGGGCCUCGUUGCAGAACAUGACGGUGUUGCCCAACCGUGGAAGUGUCGGACCAAUCAGACAGGAUCCUGUGACGAGGUGUGGACAGCAGCCAGCAUCUGAAGGCGACCAAGAGAGUGAGCAAGCCGCCUCUCUCUACCAUAAGGCCCGCAAGAUCAUCCACCUGCGCAACGCAGCUGAAUCCGCUGCAAACAGACCUGACCCGGGGGUUCGAGGACCCCUUAGAGCUGGGGUGAGUCUCCGGCAAGGAAGCAGCAACCCCUAUGAGGGGGAGUAUUACCCCACCAGCAUGCCACCGACCGUCCCACCAGUCUCCAGAGUUCGCCUACCACCCUCUUGUCCCUCUACACACCACAGACUACCAAACCCCCCUGCUUUCGCACAGCCUAAUCCACCCUCACGUCCAUCCUCUCCCCGGGUCUUGGGAUGGAGUAGGGAGGACAGUGGUGAAGACAUGUCACCCUCAGUGUCCUUCAACGAUGCCCGAUCUGUGUUCUGUCAAAAUAGCCAAUCCAACUCCCAGAGCUGGACCCCCCACUAUAGCUCUACGUUCCCCAGGCCCUAUGGUGAGCCCUCCCGGGGAAGGCUGUCCACACGCGGGUCCCAGACUGUCAGUCGGCGCAGCCAGUCUGACCAGAGACCCAGCCUGACAACACAACAACAGGAUUUGUCCAACCCAGGCACACCACGGGGCCGGACACGAGGAAGUGAGCCAAAUAUGUCCAAAAGCAGUGAGAGGAUGGUCAAUGGUCUUCUGACGGAAGGGGACAACCAAUCAGAUCCAAGUGCUGUUGAUACUGAUUUGGAUCCUGAGCAGUAGUGCAUGGCAGUCUGCCAGGGCAGAAUCUACCGAGCGAAUUAGAGGGUGAGGACUGAGCAUAGAAAGGGAUUAUGGAUUAGGAGAACUCUUAAGGCUAAGACUUCCCUUCUAAUGAGAAGAGAAGGGGCUUAUUCUAAGAAAGUGUGUUAGGUAAUUCACCAUGCUUCUCCCUCAGAUUGCUUGACUGCAAUGGAGAAAAGGUUGAACUACAGUGUACAUGUUUUGGUCUAUCUAUUAUGUCCUCUGAUAUGAUGUUUUGUAAUACAGUAAUUACUGAAAACAAAAAUCUAUUUUGGGAUAUGUUGAUUUAUUGAAGAAUAAUAAUGAGUGUACGUUGCGAUCUGUCAGUACAUUUGUGGAAAUUAAAAUCAAUGUAAUAUACUGUAUUGACUAUGACUCAUUAUAGUAUAUUGGUGAAUAGGUAAAAUUAUUUGUUUCUUGUCCAUGUCAUACUGUUUUUGAAUUAGCAUUUUGUGUUUGAACUGUUGGUGUUUGUGUUAUACAGUAACUACAGUGUUUGUUUACAAAUGUUGUUUUAUUAUUAUUUCGUAGUUUCACCUUUGUAUUUUGUUUAUUUAUGUUUUUUUC